AUGAAAAAGAACGAUCAUAAAAAUAAGACCAAUAAUAACAAAAAUAAAAAUAAGGUGAGUUGGCAAAGUUUUCUUGAGAAAUCGGAAUACUUUUAUAAAACAUUUUGCAGCCAAAUGCUCAGCUAACUGCUCGAAACUCGAAAGCAAGUUUAACUGACGAGAAAAAUUCGACAACAGGCGGAAAAGACAUCAAAACAAUCGGAUCAGGCCGAAAAAAAGGGGGUCUCAUAACACCAACAGGUUCAAGAAAAUGCCUUGCCAAAUCGAGAUAUGUUGAAGGGGAAGAAAUCGAAGGUGUUACAAAUUAUAAAAUCACGGCAUGUAUCACACAAACAUCGAGACCUUUGGCACCUGAUGUUUAUGCUGUAAAAGAUUCGGAAGAGGAAGAAAAUCGCAUGAAAAUCUGCAAUUUGGAAUUGGGAAUAUUGAAAAAAGAGGCAGCUCUUCUCAAAAAACUUGGCAAAUUACCAGGAACUCCAUCAUUUCUCACUUUAAUCGAUUAUGGAACAAUAUUACUGUUCGUUUUUCAGCGAAGGAAACGCGCUCCAACUACAUACCGUAGUUUGCUUUUUUUGCCGACCCAAUUUUUUUCAUUUUUUUCCGUUUUUUCUUGUUUUUUCCUCUUUUUCCCCAAAAAAGAAGCAAUUUUGUAGUUUUUCUGCUUUCAGAAGUUGUCAAAACUCGAAUUAUACUUAUCUUCCAAGUUUGCCCGAACAAAAUGGUUUUUGGUAGCGAUUUAUGGAUUUUUUUCGAUGGAAUUCGAUGUUUCGAUCGAAAAAGUGUUAUAAAAUCGAUUUUUGGAGUGUUUUGUAGUCGCAGUUCAAUUCAAAUCGAAGGUUAGUUGUUUAGUUAUGUAUUUUCUAUGACAAUGAUGCAAUUUUCAGGUUGUUGA